UUAUAAGAAUAUAAACAUGCCUGUCUCAUCAUUUGCCGAUCGUCAACACCCUGACACCAUUGUUCUUUUCGAUGUUGAUGGAACUUUAACUGUCGCUCGUAGUUUUGUUACCCAAGAAAUGAAGGAUACCUUAGCUGAACUUCGUAAGAAGGCUGUUAUUGGUUUCGUUGGUGGUUCUGACCUUAGCAAGCAAUAUGAGCAACUUGGUGACGGCAUUUUACAAGAUUUCGAUUAUUGUUUUGCUGAGAACGGUCUCACAGCCUAUCGUUUAGGAGAGAAGAUGGCUUCUCAGAGUUUCAUUGAAUGGAUUGGAGAUGCUGAAUAUAACAAGUUGGUCAACUAUAUUUUACGUUAUAUUGCUGAUAUGGAUAUUCCCAAGAAGCGUGGUACAUUUGUUGAGUUCCGUAACGGUAUGAUUAAUGUGUCUCCUAUUGGUCGUAACUGUAACAGAGAAGAGCGUAACGAAUUCGAAAAGUACGAUCUUGCUCGUGGACUCCGUAAGAAGUUUGUUGAAGACCUUCGUAAGGAGUUCUCUCAUUUGGCUUUGACUUUCUCAAUUGGUGGCCAAAUCUCAUUUGACGUUUUUCCCACCGGUUGGGAUAAAACCUAUUGUUUACGUCAUAUUGAGCAUGAAGGUUUCAAGAAGAUCCAUUUCUUUGGUGACAAGACUUUCGAAGGUGGUAAUGAUUAUGAAAUCUACAAUGAUCCCAGAGUUACUGGACAUUCUGUUACUUGCCCUGAAGAUACCAUUCGUAUUCUCAAGGAACUCUUCCCAUAAAUUACCUUUUUUUUUUUUGCAAUACCAUACGCCUAGCGUUUAAAUCAUUAAAAGAGAUCAUGAGACAAACAAAUUCGGAACACUCUACAUCCGACGUGACCACUAAAA